GUAUAUGUAUGUAUAUAUGUGUAUGUAUGUGUGUAUGUAUGUAUAUAUGUGUAUGUAUGUGUGUGUGCGUGUGAGCAGCGAACUCUUCUUUGGCUUCCUGUUGUGCACAUGUAGCAUAAGCUGCUAGGGGUCUGUGUCAUGAAAGAGUAGAUCUUCCCAUGCAAGACAGCUUAUCUCUGCUCUCCUUCUCUUCCUUUGCUGAAUGUGUACUGGGCCAAUACUCGUAUGAGAGAGAGCGAGAGAGAGAGCAAGCUUGGCAAGAAAGCAGAGGACAUGCAAAUAUUUCUGGCACCAAAUCCUAAAUAUUCAACCUUUUUACCAAUGUUUAACACACAUUAUUAUAUUACACAAGUGGGAUGGAGACAGCCAGCAGAGGUAUAUAAUCUGUGGUUCUUUCAGGUCCUUCGCUCUUGCAAUCGUAUUAAUAUAUAGCCUCUCCUUCAUCCUUUACUCGGCUUGUUCCUAAUAACCAUACCAUGAUUAUCACAGUAAAGCCAGCCUGUUUACACAACAGUUCAUCUGUUGAUUUAGUUUGAGGAGAACUGCUUUCCAAAAUGUAGAAAAAGAGAUGAGCAGUCAUUUUUAUAUUUAGUAUAUAAAUGUCUAUUCAUGUUAGUAAGACAUUAUUCCCAUGGGAAAGGUACUAACAGUAUAGUUUGUAUAAAAUGUUAGAUUUUUCCCCUUUUUAAUGCAAAGUGCAGCUCUGCUUCCUUGCUCUUUAUGGAUGUGCACCUAUGUUGGUUUUGCAUCACGUGAUGUUAACAGACCGUAUGAGCCAGCAGUUGCUGCUUUAGCAAAGUAAUUCAUAAUUCCUCAUCUCGGUAGUAAUACACCUAUUUUCAGUUCUACAUGAUGUUAGAGACUGUUCUCUUUGACUUAGUAAAUGAUUUUACAGUUUUUGGCUCAUGCACCAGCACUUUGUUCACAGAUGAUCUGGCCUCUUUUGAGCUCUGUUUGUUAUUUCCUGCUGCGUAGACAGUGUGAUUUGAUUUUUGGCCUGGUGUUAAGCGUGGUAGUUCAGUGUGCCAAGACAGCUAAAAAUCCAACGCUUUUGGAUAGCUUCUGUAGAUAGAUCACAGUCACCUGGCUGUGGUGUUGGUCCUGAUACUGCAAUCUAAGUAAGGUACUCGAGGUUUACCUACAUGCUGCUAUGCAGUACUACUGAUUAAUCCUUCUGUUUUUGAAUGUCAUGUGAAAUGCUUGAGAGAGAUGAACAUUGGCCAUGGUUACGCAUGACUUUUCAAUGGAACUUUUGUGGUCGGAUGCGCCAGAUCACAACUCACUUGUGUUCACACUUGACACUUCAAUUCGACCUGAUCGGAUAGUGGUUGGAUAUAUUUCCUGGUUAAAGAAGCGGCUGUAAAACGGAGGACAAACGCAUUUAAUGUCCUAUAAAUUCUUCAUAAAAGUCCCCCCGGUAAUGUUGCUGCUUACUCUUCCUCAUGCUGACCACACCUCACCGAGAUUGGAACUCAAUGCGAGUCAGGCGGAUGAUAUCCCAAUGCGAGCAAGAUCCGACACUGGAGCAUACAGACUUAACAAUUAAUGUGUCCUGGCAUGAUCGGAUGACAAAAGUCGCAUUGAACAGACAGGUGUGACCACGUUGAUGCAUUGACAGAUAUGAUAUUAUCCAGACUGUCAUGCAAGAAAGCACACAAAAAUACCCCCCCCCCCUAAUAGUAUAUACUGCAGAGUCUGUCAAGACUGAUUAUUAAAACAUUAAAAUCUUAAUUCAAAGUUACGGAUUGGCAUCAUUUAAAUCAUCUUAUGUGUUUGGCCAUGCAUGUCUGGUAGAGUGAUUGAUCCAGGCAGUGUCUGUGGACCAACGGGUCACUGACUUUCAACCAGAAAAAACUUUUACAAGUUUGUAGAAUCUACAUGUUCAAACUGUUCCCCUGGAUUGCAUAACAGAGCAGGACUGCUGCCAGCACAUUUCCUUCUUAUGCCUUAAGCUACCUCCCCUGUUGUUUUUCUCACCACUUGAUAAGGCACUAUGUUUCUCAUACCAUUGGCAACAUAAAAAUGGAAGUCCAUGCCAGGUCACCAGAUUGAGCCACUGAGUUACUGGCACGGAGUGUAAACGCUGCAGUUUGUAAGUGUUCAUGUAAGGUUACUUUAAAGUAUGGGGUGUGCAAAGUACACUAAAGUUGUAAAUAAUAGGACACUGAAAAGGAAUGAAUAAAAGGGGAGGCCUGAGAAUGCAACCAGCCUGCAGAGACAACAUGUAAACACAUGCACAUGUUCUGGAAAAUGUAACCCCCACCCCUCCAAAUCCACUGUGGCCUGUCAGUCAAAAGCAUCCACUCUGGUGCCUCCUGAAAACCAGACUUCUUACAGUGUUGGUACUCUGGGAGCUCAAUGGUUAAACACCUGAACCUGCUAAGAGGGAGACGUAGUCUGGUACUAAAAACAAUACAGAAGAGCCGUGGAUAGUACUGCCACUCUAUUGGUCCAAUGAAGCAAAAAUGUUCUGUAGAAUGAGUCCAAUAGCGCCAAGAUGGAUAUGAGACGUUUAUGUGGCCCAGGACAUUCGCUGCACGUUCUCAGGAUUCUUGUGUAACAGCUGAGAAAAGCUAGGGGGGUGUGUGUGUUUUGAAAUUGCUUUGUAUGACAAAAGGUGUGUGGCAGCUGAAAAGAACCAUUGUUGACAGGUAGCCAAUUUUACUUUAAUCCUAAUACUUGCAUCCCUCAGAGCCUAAAUAGGUUACACUGCUCAUGGUUUUACAGAAAAGGAUUUCAGUGGGAAUCUAAGUUGUAACCACUGAAGCUUAGUGGGUGCAAAAGCUUAAACAAACCAGAGUCUACAAAAUCAAUCUCAAACUCAUUACAACAGCAUCUCCUGGUCUGCAUGACAUUACAAAUGUAGAAUAGGUCUUGUCUCUAUUUGAUCUACUCUUUGCUGCACUGAGUUCACACAUUAUGAUUUGGCUGCCUCAAAGUGUUUUCUGUAAAUAAGCCUUUCCCCUUUUAUUGUCUGCUUGUGAAACUAGCAGAAUAACCAUUCUCCCUCUCUUAUGCUGAAUAUGUGCUGACAUGAACAAAAUAGACGCUAAGCACAAAUAUAGCCCACAGGAUUGCUAGCCACUUCACCUUUCUGUAAUUUGUGAAUGUGUAAAAGGAAUUUAGUCCUUGCUUGUCUGUCAGUCCCAGGUCAUUUGACGUAAAAAGCAAAAUGCAGAUUGUUGUUGGUUGUUAUGAUGACGACACACGUCAGCGGGGCCGUAAAGUUUUGUCGCAGCUCGCCAGGAAGAGAGCGGCCUGCUGGCCACCGGCCUGCUGUUCAGCUCACUUUCUGUAACCAGUGUAGCAUUAAAAGCAUGGCGGGAUUAGCAAGCUAACUAGUUCGCUAGUUAAUGCUUUAAUGCUACACUGAUAACAGAAAAUAAGCUGAAGAAAGUUAUCACUUAUUUAACAGGAGCAAUGUGAUUUCCUGCAGUGUGUCAAGAGUGUGUGGAUGAAUCACUAAGUUUGUUUUAAAUUUAACUAAUUUAUUCUGGCUCUCUACGCUUUGUAACACCGCUGUUUGUUUUAGUAGUUACUGCAAAACCUCACCUCAGUGUGUCCAUGACUGAGGUUAAGUUGGUUUAGUUCAUACGGAAGUUAGCCCGCUACAAUGCUCGCAAUGGCAACGGUACACAAAGAAUUGCUUGUUUUUCUUAUCAUGGGAGAUUCUAAAAGUCUCUCUUUUAUUGUUAUGAAGUACAGUGCCACUUGAGGUCUUUUAAUUAGUAUAACCUUCAGACUUUUGUCUGUUGAUAUUUCCAAGAGGACUUUGUAUAGUAUAGGCAAUAUCUUAAAUAAUUAAUUCUAAAUAUCCUUGCUUUGGGUCUUCCUCAGGUUUCUACUUUUAGUGUUUCUAUGCGCCACUCUUUACUUGCUGCACCUCCAUUAAACCCUCCCCAACCUGCAGGUUCAUUCACUAUUCUUGUCAUAGCCCCUUUUUGUGUCACCCUGUCUAUCUGGCUCACUUUUCAUUCCCCGUCUCCUUCUCUCUUCCCUUUCUCUGCUGUGUCCUGCCUCUCUGUCUGACUCAGAGUAGCUGUGCCUGGUUCUGUGGAUUGCAUAAAAGGGAGAUUCUAUAAAUAUCUGCAGGAGUGACCCACAGCUAAUAUGUGUGAUGAUUACGGUGAGGAAAACAGAAAAGCUGGAGCCUCACAUCCUUUGCACCCUGAGGCAAUGACAGCUAGAGGAACUCAUAGAAGCAUCUUGUGGUUUCAUUCCAACGUGUCUCAAAAAACAUAAAAAAUAUAUAUUUGAUCUGCUCUUGCAUGCAUGCAAACAUGUAUGCAAGUGCCUGCAUUACUAGUGUGUGUGUGUGUUUCCUUCGCCACAGAGUCACUGUGCCAUGUGCCUGUGGCACACUUGCCAAAAUGCAAUGCAACAUGUUGCUGAGCAGCUUCAUUCCCUCAACAGCACAGGCCAUAUACCAUAAGCCUGUUUGUUGCUCAGUCAGUCUAAAUCACCAUAUCCUUUAAUAGCUGGACUUGCACAACACUGUUGUCAUAACAUAACAGACUUGUUGACUUGUCUGCAUGUACCUUGAUGACAACUUUUAAUUUCUGUGUGACCUAUUUUGACCUAAGUCAUUCGACAUUUAGUGUUUCGACAUAGAUAGGAGUUUGUCUGUUGUAAGCCCCGAAGGAGAUGCUAACACUGAAUAAUAUUUGUCUGAAUUAUACUUUGAAUAGGCUUAGUGUACCUGGCAUAUUAGUAGUAGUAGUCUAACACUCAGAAACGCACACUUCAGCAACUCAGUGUGUGAUUUGGUGACGAACAGGGGCUGAACUACACCUGAACCAGCUGUUAGUGUCUGUGAAUGCACGUCUCACAAUACAAGGCAUGACUACCAUAAGCCUUUAAUUGCACUGCAGAUGUCUUACUCAGGUAGUUAGUUGCAUUUGCCCCAUUUAUUUCUGUGUCUCUGUCUCUCUCACACACACACACACACACACACACACACACACACACACACACACACAUGCGCAGCAGUCCUUUUACCUUACCACUGCUCCAGUUUUAGCAUCACUGCGUCCUCAUUAUGGCUGACUUCUCCAUGCUGUGGUUGUGAGCAGAGGGAGGAAUUGGAGUAAGGGGGUAGCCCUGACCGAGAAGUUAAAGCUGCUCCACAGAAUUAGGUCACAUACAGCCUGUCAUGGUCACAUUAUUUUUGUUACAUUGUGAGGGACUGAUCAUUGCAUGUGGUUUAAAAAGCAGAAGAAGUACUCCUGUAAGGAAGUACUGCUACAACAGUUCGAAGAUUAACUGUAGACCGAUUUUGGGUUAUUGAUGACUAAUGGAUAGAUAACGAUAGUUGUACAUUUCCCACUCAUCUUUUUUUCUCUACCUACCCUAACCCUGUUCUGCGAUGAUUCCUUUUUACGGCCCAAUCUGUGAUACCAUUGUUGUAUUGUGUUUAGGCCUUUCAACCUAACCUUGGUUUGGUUCCUUGGGUAAUAUGUAUUCUUGUUUGUGGCUAAUGUUAAAAUUGCUUCAUACUAUGAAUAGUUCUGGGAUUGUUAACAGGUCAGGAGAUGAUGUAAUAGCCUUUUAAAGUGGCCAGUGAAAGGUUAAGUCCACUCUCGACUCAAUGCAAUCUACUACAGCGCUAUGUGACCUUUGAUGCUCACAAUCUGAUUGUUAAAUGGCAAAUCUCCAUUUAGCUUGUGUAUCCAUACUGUAUAUGAGUAUCUUUGUGGUUCAUGAAUAUCAUCUGUCAUGUUGUGGUCAGUGAGUGUACCAGUUGAUUAAGGCUCAAUGUUUGUGUAUUAGAGACAUUUCCUAAAAAGCACAAGACUGAUGGUGUGUGUGUGUGUGUGUGUGUUGAGAAAACAUUCUGAAGUGUAUGCUGAUGGUUUUGUAAGCUGUCGCUUUAUACUCUAAAUACUCACUAAAUACUUCUCUGCACUAUUGAUUUGAGUGCAGCUUUUACCAGAUUGCAAAUUCAUGUUCCCUCUUACUGUAUUUACACCUCUACAUAUUGGUUAAUUACAUGAUCAGUCAGUCUUGAUUACACUUUAAUUACAGCCACUUAGAAUUUAAUGCCUCGUGAAUUAGCAUAGAGGAAGUGCACGCUAACACGCCGCGCUUUCAAAGAGUCUGUUCUUCCGAGCACAAUGUCCCAUUUCCCCACUCAUUAUUGACAGCUUGACACACAUUUGGGCUCUGAUGGAAAAUGUAUCUUAUAAUGAUGCUGUUCUCUCUCUCCCAGCUCCCCUGUUUAUCUAUACUGGUACGACUGGUAUGUCCUAAAAAGUCAGCUCCUUUUCUGCGGUGAUAAAUCUCCCAAAUUGGCUGUCGUCGAUCUUCACUUAAACCAAUGAUGUUAUUCUUAAUAUUAGCAUUGGUCCAGGUUUGUUUAUUUCCCUGACUCCUGCCAUCUUGCAAGCAAAAUUGUAAGAGUUGUAUACAUUUAAAAAGUAGCUGGACUCAAGACUGAAGAUUGUAUUGGGGUGACACCCAGCCAGUUGAAAAUAUAGCCACAUGUUUGAGUCUAUGAGAGUAGCAAAACAUCUCAAGAGUCCAAACUUGAGUUGUGCUUUUUAUUGGGACACAAAAGUAUAUAUGUGAAUGUUAGUGUGCCGAGAACAGGUUUGUUGCACUACACUUAUACUUCAACGUAACUUACCACCAAUUGGUUUGUGACUCAUUCUGUUUUCUUGUGCUUGUGGCUGCAUUGUGGCUUUGUACAAAAGCAGCCUGUACAGCGAGAAAUUAAAGUACAUGUGAUGGACAGUUAGUAAAUACGGAUAUCAGUCCUAUGAAUCGGAUGAGGACCACUCAUGUAUUGGUGGCACUGAAGCAAGUGAACCAUGAACGCAUCGGGAGAAGAAGCAUGCAUAAAUCAAACCAAACCUUUUGAAAAAUGCUUCUUAUUCAAUAACAAAUAUAAAUACAACCCAAAAUACUGUAGGAUCCUUAAAAAUGACUACCUCUAAUUCAAGGUAAAGACCUGUGUUGCAGCACUAAGCUGUCCAUCUCAGCCUAGAAUGGAGAAAUGUCUGCCUGAGUCCUUCACUCGUCAUGUCAUGGAGAUGAGCCAAUCAAACGUGGCCAUUUGCUUGUGUCGGCACAACCCUCACAGGGCUUGGGCCGAAAUGGGCUGAGAGGUAGCCGGGCACUGAUGUAUCGCAUAAUGCCCGGAGACAGCAGCCUCCAAUGGGCCAGUGUUUAGGGGGAGAAGGCCCGCAAACGUGUUUUUGAGGAAUGUCUACACUCGCUCACUCAGAGGGAUGAGGAGAGGACACGCUACGCACAGACUGAGGCAUCAUGCAUCGUUCUCACGAGGAGUAAAACCGGCUCUCUUGGUCUCCGGAUUCCAAAAACUGGUAUUCUGGACAGCCCUAAAAUCUCUUCUAGUGACACAUUCUGGUUGUAGCUUGUAGGUCACUAACUGAGUUGUCAGAAUUUAGAAUAGAUGAACAAGAUGAUGGUUAGUUUUAGCUUUCUCCCUCCAUCCUGCUGUCGUACCUGAUGCUUAGUCUUGUUUCUUUGCUUUGGGAGAGAUUUCUCUCCAUACUUUCAUUUCCUUUUUAUAUCUUGCUCCUAAGAAAUGGCCUGAUCGUUUGUAUUUUUACACUCAAGAUUUAAAAAAUUAAAACUUAUUGCAAUGUCACCCAGUCAACACUAUCGUCGGGCUGUCAUCUGCGAGAGUGAGUCAUCUAUCGGUCAUUGUUCAGAGAGAUAAGGCAAUGCCAUGCUGCUGACAGAGCACACUCUACUCACCAACUUCCCGUCUGAUGGAGCAACAGCACACGCUUGGUUCACCCUGGGCCGGAAAACCAGUCUUCAUCACCAUGGAGACAAACAGGAAGUGGUGGUGUGAAAAUUGUCUGCAAGUUUGCGAGCUGCAGGAAGAUGGGCCGAUACGCUGGAGACAUCUGAUGAAACAACACACAAGAGCCACACUUAGCUCAAGAUAGACAUUAUGACCAGAGCCGAGCAGAUGAAAGGAGUAUUUUUAGUUAUACAUUGUUUUUAUCGAAUUUAUUUUUACCUGAUUUUUGUGUUUAAGCAUGUUUGUACACUAGGUGUCUUCGAGUGCGUGCAUGUGUGCUUUGUAAGAUCAGGCACUGUCUCUGCCUUUGUGUGAAACACAGCUUUGUUGAUUAGGUGACAUCUCCCCACUGAGUACCCAGGAUGCAUCUGUGGUAUAGCAUCACUGUGACGUUGGUGCCUGUCACACCAGGGCACUGAAAUAUUUCUGGAUAUGGCACUUGGAUACUCUGCUUGCUCUCUCUAAUGCCCUCCUUUCCAUAUCUUUUUAAUCACGCUUUUUUUUUUUUUCUUUUUUUUCUCAUUUCCUACCGAGAAAUUCUCUCCUGCUCUUAGGCUAUCUUCUGUUAACCGUGCACACACAUUUGCUUAAAGCUUACAAUAAUCCUAGAGGAUAUUUAGUAAGAAUAGUAACUCUUAACUAUAGUAAGACAACAUCAAAGUGCUAUAGGCAAGGUAAACAGGCUUGUUCUUGAAAUGUUUCUGUGCUCAAAUUGUGCAUGUUUGCUGACUUGGUUAACAGAAAAGUUGGAAUAGUGAAAUAGUGUUACUGCUGACUAUAUAUUCAUCUUCACACAAACGCUCUCUCUCUCUCUCGAGCGGGCACUCUGUAACGUUACGCAGGGCUUGCAAUUCACUGGCAGAAAGCCUGACGGAGUAUGCCAGGCAGUUAUUGCCACCAAAGUUUGAGUGUUUAAGUGUAUUCAGUACACCUUCAUCACAAGUGUGUUUACUAGAAUGAAAGGGUAUUAAUAGAUUGAAGAAACUUGCCAACACUCCUGUCUGCAGCCAACAACGAAUACACAAGGGUGCGCAGACACACACACCCCAUCAUCAUUCUAUUUGUAUCAAGCUGUGCCUGAGUCAUAACAAAUGUCAGGUCUGCGUAUUGCAGCAAUCAGUGAUGCAUGACCAGUUCCAAAUUGUAACCCCUGCAAUGUGCCGUAUGUCUUAGAAGCCCCGUUGUUCAUGCAGUGUGCAAUUUUUGAAGUGUUUUGUAAUUUGCAUUUUGUUGGAUGGCAAUCAUGACUAUAAAUGUGUAGAAACAUGGAACUCAUAUAAUCAAGUUUUAACAGUCAAGACACGUGUUUUCAGCUGAUUCGCCCGUGACCUGUUACCGGGAGGUCAGUCUUAUAUUUACUGCAUGAUAGUAACUUCACAGCCCCACACACGUGUCGCUGAGUGAAGGGGACUUAAAGCUCACAAUUUGUUCAUCUUAAAAACAUUUGGAACAACUAACUUAAUCAGACCCUUAUUAUAUGGUAAUUCAUUCCCAUGCUGCUGCUCCGAGUAAUCGCAGUGACCGGCUCGUCUGCCAGCAGCACAGAGCUGUACAGCGAACGUUAACGGGGGUUACGUUGUUCGAAAGAAAUUGUGAAUUGGCAACUCUGAAUCGGCAGGUUAGACUUUUAAAAUAUUGGAUAUCAGAACCGGCCAAGAACAUUUGGUGACUCUCUAGUUAACAGUCUAACUCACCUGGUAGUACACAACAUCUAGUUUAUGUAUUUUCAAACUUAAGUGUUCAAAUAUGAGUGCAAGUAGAAAGCAAAUACGCUCUUGAAUGGUGAACACACUCAAACUAGAAGAUUAGAAAAUUGCACUGCAUCACAGACGACACAGAUCUUAUCUUUCUUGCACGAGUGACACUUUUUUGUUGUAAUUCCGCAACAUACCACACUUUCACUCUUUAUCUGAGAUGAUUAACAAAGAAAAGUGACAUUAAUCAUGCGAGUCGUUUUCGUGCUGCCAAUGCAAAAACCAAAUCCUUGUGUUACACUGAAUGUCUUUUAAAUCCAGUCAUGUGUAAGCCACUGCUUAUCUUUACACCAGUCUGUUAAAAGAUGCUGCUAAUUAGGUGUGAUAAUAUUGAAUCAUGAAAGAGGAAGCACACAGCUAGCACAUCAAAGAAUGCUGAACAGUACACUCUCGGUAUCCCAAGGCUUCUAGCAUGACUUAUGUAACGUGAUUUUACUGACAUGUUUUCGACUGCUUUUUAUUGCUCGAUACUUCACUGACCUCCAUUUCUUUUCUAUGUUGUUUUUUUUUUCCUGCCCAGAUAAAUGAGUUGAGCCAUGUUCAGAUUCCCAUCAUGCUCAUGCCAGAUGACUUCAAGGCCUAUUCUAAGAUCAAAGUGGACAACCACCUAUUCAACAAGGAGAACAUGCCCAGCCAUUUCAAGUUCAAGGAGUACUGCCCUCUGGUGUUUCGAAACCUCAGAGAGAGGUUUGGCAUCGACGAUCAGGACUUCUUGAACUCUCUGACACGCAGUGCACCUUUGAACAGUGAGGCCCAGGGACGGAGCGGGGCCCGCUUCCAUACCUCUUAUGACAAACGCUACGUCAUCAAGACCAUCAGCAGCGAGGAUGUGGCAGAGAUGCACAACAUUCUAAAGAAAUAUCAUCAGUUUAUCGUGGAGUGCCAUGGCAACACACUGCUGCCUCAGUUUCUGGGGAUUUACCGGCUCACCGUGGAUGGAGAUGAGACCUACAUGAUUGUCACUCGCAAUGUCUUCUCUCACCGCCUUUCCGUCUACAAAAAAUAUGAUCUCAAGGGUUCCACGGUGGCAAGAGAGGCCAGCGACAAGGAGAAGCAGCCGCCCCAACCAGAGGAUGUGCCCCUGCGGCCCAAAUCUGGUAACGUUCAGCAAAGGCUGCAAACACUGCGGAUUGCCACGCGCUUUUACUGCGCCAUGAAACACGUAAGAGAUGCAAAGGAGCUGCCCACCUACAAGGACAAUGACUUCAUCAAUGACGGGCAGAAGAUCUGCAUUGACGGGGAAAACAAGAAGAUGUUCCUGGAGAAGCUUAGGAAAGACGUAGAGUUCCUUGCCCAGCUGAAGCUCAUGGACUACAGUCUGCUGGUGGGGAUCCACGAUGUGGAAAGAGCCGAGCAGGAAGACGUGGAGAGCGAGGACAACGAGCCCGAGGAGGAGGGUGAGAGUGACGGAGGAGGCAUCGGAACACCCCCCGACAGUCCCAGCAACACCUUGGACAGCAUCAAGCAUCUGUCACCUGGAGAGUUUGAUCCCGCCAUUGACGUCUACGCCAUCAGAAGCAAUGAUGGUGCUCCCAAGAAGGAGGUUUACUUCAUGGCUGUCAUAGACAUCCUGCAGCAUUACGAUGCCAAGAAGAAAGCUGCUCACGCCGCCAAGACUGUCAAACAUGGAGCCGGAGCGGAGAUCUCCACGGUGAACCCAGAGCAGUACUCCAAGAGGUUUUACGAUUUCAUCACCACUAUCCUGUCAUAGCCUCCAGGAGCGACAGGGGGCACCGAGGCACAUAGGAAAGGGAGGGCAAAUGGGGAGUAGGUCGGGGCAGAUGGGUGACGGAGAGAGAAAAAAAACCAUCAAGAGGCUGAAUUAAUAAGGUGCUGUGAUGGUUUUUAUCACUCUCCCUCAUGCAUCCUCCUCAUCCCUCCCCGUUUGUCUCUCUCUCUUUCAAUGGCGUGCGAUGCUCUGCAGCUAAAACAGAAACGUCAUUCGUUUACAUUUAACCUCUCCUCUGUUGACUUUUGCUCAUGUGUUUCUUUGAAUAAGGGUGUCGAAAGAAAGCAUCCAAGUCAUUAUAUUUUUUUUAUGUUUUUUUUUUUUUUAUAUUUGUUUUUGUCUGUAUGGUUGUUUAUGUGGGAAUAUGGCUUUUUAUUGCAUCUAAUCCAACAUCCAGCACCCUGCAUUAUUUUUUUUAUCGUGAGGAAGCGGAGUGUAGAGGUCAGAUUACGGCACAAGGUGAGGUUCCUCUUGCAAGGGGAAGGCUUAAGCGGGAUGUAAUGAGGAAGUUCAUGUUGAGUCUUGCCUAAUGCAAUUGCUUCAUUUCAGGGAGUGGGAAGCAGUCUUCCAAUAGGCCAACAGCCAGACCCCCCGACCCACCCAAAUGCUAUACAAGCACUCGGCCAAACAAAUAUUCCCACUUGGGUUCCUUCUGCAUCACCCAACCUUUAGACGCCACCCCGUCCCCACCCUUUCCUUCGUGUACAGUUAAUGAAUUGUGCUUCUGGGUUAUCCUCUUGCCACACACUCGCAACAACAAACACUUUGCAUUAGCCGAGAUGAAUUUACUUGUUAAAGUAAAUUUCGAUGCUUGUUUCCAGCACGAGUUGCACCUCAGUGGUUGUCAGUGCUUUGUCCCUUUCGCUUUGUUGUGAUGCACAAGGAUUAAGAAUGAAUAAGGGAAGGAUGUGUACCUAGAAAUGAGAAAAAGAGGGAUUUGAGCAUAUACUAAAAUGUGUUCACUUGCAUUCCCUCUGGAUACGUUGGGCAUUGUUAUGUCGGACUGGUUUCUGUUCCUGUGGCAGGGAAUGACCCAGAACUCGUGUGGCUGUAGUGAUAAGAGUCCGUCACUCUUUGUUAUAUCUUCAUGUAGGGUGUUCCAGAUUAAAACAUCAACAGCCCUUACCUUUCUGUUGCUAUCAGCACCUUAUGGAAAAAAAAAAAUCAAAAAUGUUGCACUUUUAUUUGUUAUUUGAGGUUAGGAGCUCUUGUUCUGUUACUUGUGCUGCAACAAAGAGGGAAAGGAGCUCUGCUCUUUAAGAAUUGAAUCUUUAGGGGCCUGAUCUCAGAUCCUGUCUCCUCCUGUCCGCCUCCUUUCUCACCUAUGGGUACACUUACUGUCGGGAUUGGUAAGGAAGACUUUACUGCAAUAUUAGACGGAAAAGUGGACGAGUUCUAUUUACAGGGCUUUUUGUAAACUAACCUUCCAAUCCUUUUCAGAAGUGCUGUAGGGUGUCUGAUUGGCGGGGCUUCGGCCCAGGCAACGGUGUCAGGGCAGGCAGAAGACUGUUUACCUCCAGCAUCGUACCAGCACACACUCGAUGAUGGCGAACGAUGUGUGUGUCAGUGUUCAAAACUUGUAAAUGGGGGGGAAAAGAAAGGGAAGAUUGGAAAGAGUAGCUGCAGAUGUAAAGAUGCGCAUUAAGUCAUUAACACCAACCGCAUCUUUCUCUUCUCUAACCUCAGCUGUGAGUCUGUUAUUCAUCGUUCUUUGUGUUAUUGUUGACAUUUUUAAAGGUGGUUUAUCUGUGUUUGAAUUUGGCGGUUUUAUGAAUUAACGUGGUAAUAAUCGUUUUGUUUCUGUUUGAGUUUUUUUGUAUAUUUUGCACAAGAGGAAAGGAACCAAAUGUUACGAAUACGAUCCCAAUUAGUUGAUAUAGUCUUAACAAGGGAAAUGCAAUAUACUUGUGUGUAAGUGAGAAAAGUUGUGCGUGUGAUGUUGUGUAUCACUUCUGGAUAACCAACUAAAACAAGUAAAGUUGUCCUCCUUGACCAUUGUAACCCAUGCAAAAAGCUUCCAUCACAAUAUCUUUGUUAGGAAUCACAUUUAUAUUUUUACAUUGGAUUUUAGUCAUGAAAUAUAGUUUUAUUUAAAAACAAAAGAAAAAAAGGAGCCACCCUUGUGAAUGAAUGAUGGUGCUGUGGUAAAUGAAGAAUGAUGCUGCUUGAAUUUACACAAUACUUAUGAUAGAUGUACUUAAAAAAUUUUAAAAAAAAUCAUAAAAAAAUUGCAUGUCACAGGACUAAGUUUCCUUCCCCUCGCUAGUCUGUGUUGUUGGCUGUUCAGGUUCUCUUUGUGUCCCUACACUUUAACCAUAUUUGUGAGCUGUUCAGCGUAAAAUAGUCCCUACCAUGCUUUAAAUAACUGUUUUUCAUUGUAUACACUGUGCAAGAUGUGUGCCUUUAUAUUCCAAAAUUAUUUAAUUUUAUAUUUUGUAAUCUUUUUUUAAAACAAAGGUAAACGGUUAUUUUAACAAUAGGGUAUGUACUUUCACAUGGAUUAUUCCCCCUGCUCAACCUUCUUCCACUCCACCACCUCUGUAUUUAAAUUUGUUCAUAUUAUUCGGUCAGUUAAACAAAACCAUUCGACUGAUUGGGUUUUAACCGACAUUAACAACUGAAUAGCUGUCUUACAUUUGAAUAUGGUGGAUUGGUUUGGAUUCUGUAAAUUGAAAUCUAUCAUUGUGAUUAUUCAGUGUGUACGGGCGUCCCGUUGCUCCUCAGAGUGAGGGGGUGUCUGCUGAUAUUAAUCCCUUGUUCGUUCACGCUGGUCCUGCCUUUAUAAAGAACGUGCGUGUGUGGAAGUGCAUUGUGAAAUGUGUUUUGUUGUACUUGUUAACUGACAGCUGCCCCCCCACCCACCCACCCACCCACCCCACCUCAGGAGUCUGUCAGCAUCAUCGUCACAUUUACCUUCUAACCACAGAUUUCAGGAAUAUUUUUUUUUUUUUGUCCAAAAUUUCACUUUGAUAUAAAACUCCGACUCAUUUCUGAAACAGGUUUAUGUUCUCUUGCGUUUUGUGUAACCCUGAUAGUUGAUAGUUCAUCCUGAGUCGGUGGUUAAUUGAUAUUUCAGUGUUCUUUCAGUAUUUCUGGGCUGUUUUGUUUCUAUUGUCACAUAGCUCAUACUGUACAUAGGUUGUGUCAUAAAGAAAACGGGGAAUGAGGGAACAUAUUCACACUCUAGUCUGCUUUGCUCUGUUUGGCCCUGGAGGCCUCCCUCUGGUCAGAUAUCAGCAAGUAGAAAACAGAGCAGUGCAUGCUGGGAGAGUGAUUUAUUUUCUUCUUUUUUUUCUGUUUUGUUUUGGGAAUAUUAAAUCUGGCUCUUAUGUAAGGAAGGCGAUGAUGAUGCCAGAACUAAACAAAUGCAAAUUAAUGACAAUAACAACACAUGCGCCCUGCUGCUGUACCUUGACUUUAAUAGGUCCUUGCUUUUGUGACUUCUCUCAUGAAUGAGCUCCUUCACCCAUCAACCCCACCAGUCAACCUGCUGCCACGUUGACUUGCCAAAAGCAUCUUUCAACGGUCAGAACUACCACACAUGAGCUUGAAGAACAUUGUGUAUAGUGUGUGUUUGUUUGAAAUUAAUUUUUUUUUGUUGUUUUUUUACAUGCACUGGGAAAUGGAGCGAGGUGUGCAUCACUGAUAUGUAAACAUGUCCAAAGUUAUGAGAAACAACCCUGUGCUCGUGUGGUUAAGUGUUAAACGUGUUAAGGGAAAAUUUGAUUACAAAUGCAAAUGACCGGAGGCCAGGCAAGAACUGCAGAGAUGAAAAAAUUCCCUUUGGGCGUUAAGAUUCAAAGCCAAGACAUCUUUGUGGAGAAAAAAAUGAUUUAGGAAUUCUUUGCAUUCUUUGCAUUUGCAUUUGCAUGUCAAGUCAACAGAGCCAGGGCUCGGAAACAUGCCCGUCUGCAAUUGAGCUUUGGUCUCACAAAAGUCCCAAGUACUUUUAGAAAACAUCUAAAAGUCGUGUGUGUGUGUGUGUGUGUGUGUGUGUGUGUGUGUGUGUGUGUGUGCGCGCGUGUGUGUGUGUGUUGCUGUCUGACAAUGGUUGGUGAGAGUUCUCUUUCAGUGGCAGAGAGGCCAAAAUGACGAUGUAUGUUUAUUGUUCUUCACAUUUAAUGAUGGUGUUGAGAAUACACUCCAUUCCAUAAGCGUUCACUCAAACCAAUUAAAGCACUUGUUCUGCUUAACUCUA